AUGAUGAGGCAACUCAGUAAGGGCUACAUCGCAAGCAGGAGUAAUACUUAUAAUCUUUCUCCAGCUGGGGAACAUAUCCCCUAAAUGGAUAAGAGUCCCAAGCGAAUCAUUGAUAAAAUAGAGUAUGCCAAGUACACCUAGCAGGCAAAGAAAAAUUCAUCCAAUAAGAAGAUAAUACAGUAUAAAAGCUAGAAUACCUUACAAAAUUCAUAAUCGACAAAAACUAUAAACUCUUCUAGACAUGGAAAUAGAGAUGUAAGUCCAAUGCCCAAUGAGCAAAGUCGAACAAGGCAGUUUCAUCAUCACCAAUAAUAAGUGAAUUCCAACAAGUAAUCUAAAUCUAAAUCACCUCUCAAAAACUAAUACUACAAGAGCUCUGCAUAUAAUGGCUCCUAAUCUACAAGAAAUCAUGAUAAGAUAAGACAGCAUAUUUAGCAGUAGAAUCAUUACUAUGAAACAGCAAUUAACAUAAAUUUGCCUUUACAAACAAGAAAAAAUACAAAAACUGCUAAAUCAGGUUCUGGUGCUCGGGGAUUAUCAACUGAAAGAUCCUCUGUUGAAAGAAACUAAGAUGGGUAAAUCUUGAAUCAAAAUUGUGAUGCUUAGAUGUAACAAUCAAAGACCCCUAAGCAUCUACAUUCGAGUAAGUUAUCUCAAACUCUUCUUAACACAAAUAAUAUGAAUAUGGCAUUAUCAAAUUUAACAACUGGACUGUAAAGUCCUGUAAACAUCAAUAUAAACAACAAUAACAGUAAUAGCGGGAGUAAACCACCACUUUACUUAUCUGACUCAAAGUAAUAUCUAGAGGGUAGGCAGUAAAUAAAGAUAGUUAGCAAGAAAAGCUCUACAUCCCGAACACGCACAGCAGCAGGGAGUACUAGAGAUCAUUCCCCUCUUAAUUAGAUAAGCAAUAAUUCUAUUAAAAUGAAUAAGUAAAAUUGCAAUAAUAUCCCAAUUAGCAGUAGAAACAAUAACAUUCAACUUCUUGCUUAAAAUCUUUCACAAAGAAAGAUGAAAUCUAAAAUACAGUUACUAAAUAAUCCAAGCAAGAAACAAGAGCAAACUGAAAAUAUCAAGAUCAAAGUACAAAAAUAAAAAACUCAUUUGGAAUCAGCGAGAAACUACAGUAAUUAGGAUUAAAACAAAGAGCCAAAAUUUUAAGGAUCAGUUGCUAGUAACUUUGAGACUGGUUCAAAGAAGAAAAAAGGGGGAAAGUAAAAAUAAUAAUAGAAUCAAGUUAGUAAAGAUGUUUUUGGGUAUGUGGUUCAAGGAAAAAUCGAUAGCAAUAACAGAGUCGCAAAAUAAAAUUAGAUCCUUACUAAGUCAAUUAAUGUGAAUGGUGGUCAUAAAAAUCUUGUGAAAAGAUAUAAGAGUCCAAAAUAAGAGAUGCCAAAGAUAAAUACAUAGAACUACGAAUCAUUAUUUUAAAAAGUCACUAGAUUGACUUAAGAAUAGAGCACUCUUCUUAACUCUAACCUCACAACAAACAGUCACAGUCAAUAUAAUGCCUAAAUUCAAUCAAACUUAAACAUUAAAUCUUUGAUGAAGCAACCACUGCAUUAGAAUAAUCAUAUCAAAUAGCAUUCUAAUUAAGAUAAUCAGAGGGAACUGACUUUUGAAUCAACUAGUUCAACAAAGGGUCUAACUCCAUACUUCUCGCUCAGAGAAGCUCAAAUUUUUUAAUCCUCCCCUAAGCUAAGUGAUAAAUAAAAAUGCUACAAAAAUGACUAAAAUCACUGUAGAAAUAACAUUCAAAUCAGAUCAACAAAGGAAAUCACCCAUAAAAGAUCAAAUACUGAGAUGUUUUAGUACAAUACCAAGGAGCUCGCCAAUACUCAAGAGAUAACAAUAAAUGAGGAAGAUAAAUUUGUGUAUUCUUCUUAUGACGUCAGACAUACCACAGGCCAUACAAUGUUCUCAAACUAGGACUUUUACAGGCAAAUAGAUCAUUUCAAAACACAUGAAAAGUUGAAGACAAGCUACCAAUCAAAUUAAGAAUUGAAUAAUAGACAGUAAACGGUGCAAGAAUAAUCAGAGUGUUCCUCAAGAGAGUAAUCACAUCACUAAUAAUCCAAUGAGUAAAUUCAAACUGAGACUCGUAAUAGUAACAUCUAGCAAUAACUGCAGCAGUGCGCAAUUGUCAGUAUCCAUGAUAAUGUUAAAAAUUAUGAUUAUGAGUAUCCAGCUAUGCAUUAAGUAGAUGAUUCAAUCAUGAAUCAAGACUACUAAAACCACUCUUAAGAAAUUUACGAUGAUAUUAUCCUAAUCACACAGUCCUUGGUCUCAACCUAAGAUAGAUAAGACUCUAAAGAAGAUCAAGUGUAGCUAAUAUAAAUAGAGGAUAACAAUAAUGUAAUUUUCGAAUCAAAUGACAGCAAUAAGCAAAUAAGCAACAACAUUGUCAACAACUUUUAUGAUAUAAAUAGCCCGACAGCUUAAAUCAAGGAGAAGAAAAAUAUGGAUAUGCCACUGCAGAUGACUUCGGCUAAGAAACCUUGUUUAAUAAAUAAGGAUAACAAUAUCACUACGACUAAGUCAUCAGUAAAGAAGCGAGUCACCAUAAAUCUUGAUUAGAAUCAGUUGACUGAAUUCGAUAGGCCAUCCUCUUGCUCUCAAUCUCAAUGUUCAGAUAGCAUGUCUUAGGAUCAAAUGAAGAUUACUUCGAUCAAUCAUUUGCAUCAAGACUCAGACAGUUUUAACAAUCAGUCUUACACACCAGAACUUUCCGCAUAGCUCAGAUAAAUGGAUAUUGAGAUAAACAGCAUGAAUCUCUUUGAGAUUUAAAGAUGUUCAGAUACUAGUGAAAAUCAAAGUGGAUUGAUAUUUGAGAGAGUCUAGGAACUCCAUCAUAGCGUUGACAAUCCUGGUAAUGGGAAUAUAGAAAACAUCAUUAAAUGCAAACUUGAAUAUAAAUCAUAACUUAACGUCCCCUCCUUAGUUGAAAACAAUAGUAAAAUAGUAAAUUUCCAGCACGUUGACGUCACCAGAGAAAGCCAGUAGUCACCCUAUGAAUUCACUGAGGAUAACUCUGAAGAAAACAUUAUGCCGAUUUCUGAGAUACCCAAAAUGCAAGAGCCUAACGAAUACGACCUCGAGAUAAUUCAGUCUAGGAUGCUGAGUGAUCCUUCAAGAUUUAGAAAUCUAAUCCCAAUCAGCACCAACAUCAAUGAGAUUAUCUAAAUCAGUUAGAAAUACUAGUACACUCCUAAAGAAUCCAAUAUCGAUGACAAGUCUUACAAAUCAAAGCUAUAAAAAGAUGACUAGUCCAAUCAGUACCUCCCCUUGAGCACCAGAAUCGAAAACUUUACCAACAAGUUCUUUGAAGAGUAGUCAAAGAUAAAUCCCUCUUCAACUAGAGGCAAUGGUAUUGCUGGUGCUUAGUCUACAAGCUUAAAUAAUAUAUUGUCAAGUAAUCAUCUGCUUAACGCUCAUUAACAGCUGAAAACCGAAUAGAAAAGUUGCCUUGAUUUCACAAGAGAUCUUCUAAAGCAGUAUAGAACCAAAAACAUUAUUUAAUGA